AACAAGUCAAUUUUGUCCGAUUGAAUGCGAUUUGAGUUGAACACUUGACGUUCGCAAAGUGAAUCGCAAAGGCCAGAGGCGGAUUGAGUGCUCAAGGUGGCCGAGAGAGGAGAGAGAAGAUGGGCUCGGGCUUUCGCAGUGAGGAGAUGUGCUUGGCGCAGCUGUUCCUGCAGUCCGGCUCGGCGUACGACUGCAUCAGUGAACUGGGAGAAAUGGGACUGGUCGAAUUUCGAGAUCUCAACCCCAGCGUCAGCUCCUUCCAGCGCCGCUUCGUCAGUGAGAUCAAGAGAUGUGAGGAGAUGGAGAGGAUUCUGGGGUAUCUGCUGAGAGAAAUUAGGAAGGCUAAUAUUGCAGUGCCAGAGGCUGAAGUCCCUCCUGUUGCUCCUGCACCCAAAAAUGUCUUAGAGAUCAUGGAGCAACUGCAGCGGCUGGAGGUGGAGCUCAGCGAAGUGGCCAAGAAUAAAGAGAAGCUCCAGAGGAACCUGCUGGAGCUGACGGAGUACACACACAUGCUGAGGAUCACACACACGUUCAUGCACAGCCGCUCCAGGCAUGAAGCCCUGGGCCCGCAGUACGAAGAGUUCCCGUCUCUGGACACUGAAUCAGUGACAGGCUGCACCGGUAUGCAGAGACUGGGCGCCAAACUCGGGUUUAUCUCAGGACUGAUUCAGCGGGUGAAGGUGGAGGCGUUUGAGCGCAUGCUGUGGCGGGUCUGUAAAGGUUACACCAUCCUCAGCUACGCAGAGGUGGACGAGAGCCUGGUUGAUCUUGACACGGGGGAGAUCAAUAAGAAUGUAGUGUUCCUCAUCUCCUUUUGGGGCGACCAGAUUGGGCAGAAGGUUCAAAAAAUUUGCGACUGUUACCACUGCCAUCUCUACCCCCACCCUGAAACGGACGAGGAAAGAGCCGAUGUGAUGGACAGCUUGAGGACACGCAUCCAAGACUUACAAAACGUUUUGCACCGCACCGAGGAUUACUUGAAGCAGGUCUUGCACAAGGCGUCUGAUUCGGCGCACUCAUGGGUGCUGCAAGUGAAGAAGAUGAAAGCAAUCUAUCACAUCCUCAACCUCUGCAGCUUUGACGUCACCAACAAGUGUCUCAUCGCUGAAGUGUGGUGUCCGGUCAGUGACCUGGCGAACCUGAGGCGGGCGCUGGAGGAGGGCUCAAGAAAAGGUGACGCCACCGUCCCAUCUUUCGUGAACCGUAUCCCUAGCAGCGACACUCCGCCGACACUUUUGAGGAGCAACAAGUUUACCUCGGGCUUCCAGAGUAUAGUGGAAGCUUAUGGAGUGGGCGAUUACAGGGAGGCAAGCCCGGCUCCUUAUACCAUUAUCACCUUUCCUUUUCUGUUUGCGGUGAUGUUUGGAGAUGUUGGUCAUGGUGCAGUCAUGACACUUUGUGCUUUGUGGAUGGUGUUGACUGAGAAGGACCACACACGGAGACGACCAGGAAAUGAGAUCUGGACGACUUUUUUUGAUGGGCGGUACAUCAUACUGAUGAUGGGAUUAUUCUCCUUAUACACCGGACUCAUUUAUAAUGACUGUUUCUCCAAAUCCCUCAACAUCUUUGGCUCAGCCUGGAGCGUCAAGGCCAUGUUCACAGAACAGGAGUGGUCAAAUGAAACUCUACAAAUGAAUACUUUACUCACCUUGAAUCCCAACGUUUCCGGUGUUUUCUCUGGGCCAUAUCCACUGGGCAUUGAUCCAAUUUGGAACAUGGCCGUGAAUCGCCUGUCCUUCCUCAACUCCUACAAGAUGAAGAUGUCUGUGAUCAUUGGAGUCAUCCAUAUGAGCUUUGGGGUGGUGCUCAGUGUUUUUAACCACUUGCACUUCCGACAGAAGUUUAAGAUCUAUCUUGUCUUUCUUCCUGAGCUGCUCUUUCUACUUUGUCUCUUUGGGUACUUGGUCUUCAUGAUCUUUUACAAAUGGCUGGCAUUCUCAGUGCAAGACUCUCGGCUGGCUCCAAGCAUUCUCAUCCACUUUAUCGACAUGUUCCUAAUGCAGGGGAAUGCCUCUACACCGCUUUACCCCGGGCAGAUGGGACUGCAGGUGUUUCUAGUCGUGGUUGCUCUGCUGUCUGUGCCAGUGUUGCUGCUCGGGAAACCUCUCUACCUCUACUGGCUGCAUCAUGGCGGGAAGAGACUGGGGGUCCACAGGGUUUGUCUGUGUUCUUGUGGCUACGAGAGAGUUCGGCGUGUGAGUGAAGAAGAUCUGUCACCGUCUGUAGUCCAUGAUGAAGAGGAUGGACUAAGUGACUCAGGAAAGCCUCAGGAGUUUGAUUUUGGAGAUGUAUUCCUGCAUCAAGCAAUUCACACCAUAGAGUACUGUUUGGGCUGCAUUUCCAACACAGCCUCCUACUUGCGUCUCUGGGCUCUGAGUCUCGCCCACGCCCAGCUGUCAGAGGUACUGUGGGCGAUGGUGAUGCGUCAGGGUCUGAGGAUGAGCUCCAGACUGGGUGUGCUUUUCCUUGUGCCUGUGUUCAGUGUCUUCGCUCUGCUCACUGUCUCCAUUCUCCUGAUCAUGGAGGGUCUGUCCGCUUUCCUCCAUGCUCUGCGUCUUCACUGGGUGGAAUUUCAGAACAAAUUCUACAGUGGAAUAGGAGUCAAAUUUGCCCCCUUUGACUUCUCUCUGUUACCUUCUGCUUUUGAGCAAGAUGGGUUACUCUGACUGUAACCUACGACUCUUUGAACAGGACACUGUAGCUUAUCAUCAUGACCUAUUGAACUUUGGGCACUGGACAGUGAUCCAGCAGUUGUAAAAGAAAAAAAACAUGGGUUCUUGCUAAACGUGGUCACGGUCAGAUCAGCAGGCUAACCUGACAGCCCUAUUUGCACCAGUUGAUAUCAGAUGUUUCUGGUGCGGGAUGAUUAGCUGUGGUUCUGUCAUGUACUGUCAUUCAAAGAGUGUCAACAAAGUCCUGUUGUUAUAUUUAUCUUAAGGGAUAUGACUUGUAUUUGGAUUUGCACCCUCAUAAGCAUUUGCUGUCAUAUCACUUUUCAAAGUGCCAUAACUAUUUUUCAAUGUACAGUUUUGUAUACUACACUAAAUUGUACUUUUGCUUGCAAAUAGCUAGGUCUUUACACAUAGAAAAAACUUUGCAGGUAAAUCAUGGUGUAGGUAAUGCUAUGCUGUGCAAUGAACAAUGCCAAAUAACAGUUAUAAUUUCCAAUGUGAUAUUAAAGUAUCAUUUAAAGCAUUUGGCGUGUAAAGCAGUUUUCCAAAGUAGCAUUUUGGGUUCAAAAUUAAUUAUAAGACAAUGCUUUAUUCAUAUUUCGAAUGAAAUAUUUUUAAUAUGUGUUUAUGGUUUAGGAACUGACAAACCAACAGCUGUACAUGGGAAUACGGUUUUACUUUGCCAUGUUUUUCAUCAGCAUUCCUGUAAAUUUACAUUUGUGUUUCAGUCACUUAUAAACGAACUUUUAUUAUA